UGUUUACUGAGGACUUUUAUUUUGAAAUAAAGACGUGUUUGCAGUUUAAUCAUUAAAUCUUUAGACAUGCCGCCUUCCAAUAAAUAGACCAACUUCACAUUAACCACCGAAAUUGUGUGGCAAGUCAUACAAUUAGACAGGUCUAUUCUUCCACCAGCGCUCCUCCACUGCUAAUAAAAACAAUGGCAGCAUCUCAGAAAUGUCUUGGAAAAGGAAGCCCUGCUCCUGGUCCUGUGCCAAAGGACCAUAUACGGCUCUACAGCAUGAGAUUCUGCCCUUUUGCCCAGCGGACAAGACUGGUGCUCAAUGCCAAGGGAAUCAAACAUGACAUCGUCAACAUCAAUUUGAAGAAUAAGCCUGAUUGGUUUCUGGAGAAGAAUCCUCUUGGUUUAGUGCCAACGCUGGAGACCCCGAGUGGUCAGGUGAUCUACGAGUCACCAAUCACCUGCGAGUACCUGGAUGAGGUCUAUCCUGAGAAGAAACUGCUCCCGUCUGACCCGUUUGAGAGGGCCCAACAGAAAAUGCUGCUGGAGCUAUUCUCAAAGGUAACUCCCUACUUCUAUAAGAUCCCUGUUGGCCAGUCUAAAGGAGAAGAUGUGUCUUCACUUGAAGCAGAACUUAAAGAGAAAUUCGCCCAGUUUAAUGAGACUCUUGUCAACAAGAAGACCAAGUUUUUUGGAGGAGAUUCAAUAACAAUGAUUGACUACAUGAUGUGGCCGUGGUUUGAGAGGAUGGAGAUGAUAGAUCUGAAGCACUGCUUGGAUGACACUCCUCGGCUGAAGAAGUGGACUGAACACAUGUUGGAGGAUCCCACUGUAAAAGCCACAAUGUUCAGCACAGACACCUACAAGGUGUUCUACAAGUCCUACAUGGAAGGAAAUCCCAAUUAUGAUUAUGGUUUAUAGAAUAAAAUCUUUGUUCUCUGGUAAAACACACCUGUCUGCUUUAACAUAUAUUGUUUCAGAAGGUAUGUUAAUAUCAGUCCAUCCUUUAUACUGUGAUCCUGAUUAAUAUGAAAAGAGAAUUGCAUGCCUGGUAUAUCAAUCUUUUUGUCUCUUUGUCGAUAUCAAAAUUUAUAAAUCUAAAAAUCUUAGGUUAAGAGACUUUUUUUCUUCUUUUUUUCAGAGUGAAUUAUAUGCAUUAUAUGCAAUUGUCGGUACAAUUAAAAUUAAAAAAGGAAACAAAACUUUCUGGUGUUCAGUCAAUAGAUUAAAUAUUCUGUACAUCAUAAACAUUGUUUUAAUUUUGACUAAUCCAUUUUUAGACCAGCUUCAUUCUUUGAUUGUCUGUAAGGAGAUUUUCCAGUAUAAAUGCUGUCAUUGUUAUACUGGAAUAUACAUAUAGUAUGCCAACUUCAGGCACUGUGCCCCUGCUCAAGGUUUAACGGUUUUCAUUCUCUCAGUUCGGCGGUCACACCUCUCUAGAGUUUAACUUUCAGUGUUUGCAUAAAUGGCCCUAAUAUUCCUUAUUAGGUGUUCACCACUUUUCUAGUGAGUUACCAUCAUACACUAAUUUCUCAGGAUUAUAUGUGAUCCAUUAUCUCACCAGAAGCAGGUGCCACUGAGGUUUUACAGGUAGCCUCUGACUUCCAUAGUGUGAACCCCCCCCCCCCACCCCCCCCC